AUGAAUAUAUAUAUAUAUGUAUUUCUUCUUGCUUUUCCUUUUAUUUUGCAGUAUAUAUUAGAGACUAGUGUCUAUCCACGUGAGGCAGAGCCUCUAAAGGAACUGAGGAGAGUCACUGAUGAUCACCCUCUGGGAUUUAUUGCUGCUUCGCCAGAUGCUGGCCAGUUUUUGGCGAUGUUGUUGAAGUUGGUCAAUGCCAAAACAACCAUAGAAAUUGGAGUUUUCACUGGAUACUCUCUUCUCCUCACAGCUCUUACUAUUCCAGAAGAUGGAAAAGUAACUGCCAUAGACGUCUAUAGAAAACCAUACGACGAGAUUGGUUUACCAAUCAUUAAAAAAGCUGGUGUUGAGCACAAAAUCGACUUCAUUGAGUCCCCAGCAAUACAUGUUCUUGACACACUGUUACAAGAUCCAGAGAAGGUUGGGAGCUUUGACUUUGGUUUUGUAGAUGCUGACAAAGAGAGUUACUGGAAUUACCAUGAGAGGCUGAUAAAAUUGGUGAAGGUUGGCGGUGUAAUUGUCUAUGACAAUACCUUAUGGGGAGGCUCUGUUGCUUUGCCUGUAGAAGCUGUCCAUGAGACCAAAAGGUCUGCUAGGCAGGCCACGAUCGACUUCAACAAAGCCAUCACAGCUGAUCCUCGCGUCCAAACCUCUCUUGUUUCCAUCAGUGAUGGCAUCACCAUUUGCAAACGCCUUAGCUGA